GUUACCAUGAUCAAAAUUCUGUUCUUUAACCCGCCAUCCUGGUUCAGUGGAUUUGAUUUCAGUAACUGUGUUUACAAAGAUUGUGUAAUGUCUACAAACAAAACGGACUUUUGUGACAACGAUGCAGUUAUAUUCAACCAUGCUAGUCUUCCGUCGUAUCCACCUCUCAAAAGGCAUCGACAAAAAUGGAUAUUUACUUGUUCUGAGAGUGCCCACUAUGGAGUCAAAACUUGCACUACCCCACAAUGGCGUUAUAAAUUCGACUGGAUCAUGUCAUACAGACGAGAUUCCGACUUUUUCUUUGGAUAUGGAGACAUUGUUCCUAAAAAGGAGAUGAAAAGGAAAAAUUACGAAAAAAUUUAUGAACAGAAAAAGAAACUGGUCGCCUGGAUAGUCAGCCACUGUUUUACACAGAGUAAGAGAGAAGAAUAUGUGGAAGAGAUGUCAAAAAUAGCGAAAGUCGAUGUGUUUGGGAGCUGUGGGAGCUAUAAGUGUGAAAAAUUCAAAGGAAAUGAAAAUGACUCAUGUCAUGACCUUGUAGCCAGAGAUUACAAAUUCAUUCUGGCCUUUGAAAACUCGCUGUGUAGAGACUAUACAAGCGAGAAAUUUUACUACGCGUAUGAAUACGAUAAACCAAUCAUUCCCGUCGUUUUAGGAUCCUUUACCUUAGGAAACUACUCACAAGGAGCUGUAUACAUUGAUGUACAUAAGUUCCGCACUCCGCUACAUCUUACAAGACGUCUGUUAGCCCUAGGAAACAAUAGAGAAUAUUAUAUAGAUCUUUUAAAAAAGAAGGAUAGAUUUACGUCUUUGACUUCAAACCAGACAUUCACGAGUGCAAUGUGUAAGAUGUGCGAGAGUCUUACUCUAGGAAGACCGGGGCGUCUAGAUCUGGAUAUCGCCGAGUGGUUCUUCAAGGAACAACUUUGUCAUUCCCCUGAUCAAAUUGGCAUCGCUUCCAAAACAGAAACAAUCAACAGAAAAAUGGCCCAGAAGUACUUAAAUAGAGUGUGA